AUGACGGCACCAAGCACCAACGGGACGCACAAGCGCAACCCUCUUACCAAAGGCGUCUACGUGCCCACCGUGGCCUUCUUCCAACCCGACGAGGAAGUCGAUGUGGCCGCGACGGAGCGACACGCCGCGUACCUGGCUCGCAGUGGGGUCACCGGUCUGGUCACACAGGGCAGCAACGGUGAAGCGGUUCACUUGGAUCGGGAGGAACGCAAGGCCAUCACAUCCGCCACUCGCCGGGGAGUCGCUGCCGCCGGAUUUCCGAGCCUCCCCAUCAUUGCGGGCUGCGGUGCGGCGUCGACGCGGGAGACCAUUCAGCACUGUCGAGAUGCCGCGGUGGCGGGUGCUGAUGCCGUACUGGUCCUUCCGCCUAGCUACUACCAGGCUCUAGUCAACACAGAUGCUCUGCACGCGCACUUCAUCGCCGUGGCCGAGGCGUCUCCUCUUCCCGUGCUCCUGUAUAACUUCCCCGGCGCCUCCGCUGGGGUGGAUUUGUCUUCCGACGAUAUUCUCACCCUCUCUGCCCACCCAAACAUUGUUGGGUGCAAGCUCACCUGCGGUAACACAGGGAAACUGGCGCGCGUGGCAGCCGGUGCAAAGCCCGACUUUCUCACCUUUGGUGGAUCGGCCGACUUCACUUUGCAGACCCUCGUUGCCGGUGGAGAUGGCGUGAUUGCCGGAACGGCGAAUCUGAUUCCACGAUCCUGUGCUGCCGUGAUGGACCUGUAUGAGCGGGGUCAAUUAGAGGAAGCGCAGAGGGUACAGGCAAUUGUGGCCCGGGCAGACUGGGUGGCGGUCGAAGGAGGAUUCAUCGCGGUCAAGAGUGCUCUUCAGUCCUAUCACGGAUACGGUGGUCUGCCCCGUCGGCCGUGCGUGAUGCCCACUGAGAAAGCCGCCGCGACGAUCCACGAGAGAUUCCGAGAAGGUCUGGAGCUGGAACGAUCUCUAGAAAAGUCCCUGAAAACGGCAUGA